CGACUGAGGGUUCGGAUACAACAUGGCUGCCGCUGUGGACUGUCAGCAGUAAGAGGAGCUGUUUUUAAACUUGUUGGAAUUCGGUGUAAGGCAGAGGACAGACUCUGAGCUCUCCGUCUCGGGUGCCGCCAUGGCUCGGUGCGCUCAGUCCGUUCAGGAGUUCAUCCAGGACUCGUUCGUGCCCAUGGUGGCGGUGCUGUGCAGCGACGACGCCGAGAGACUGACCCGCAAAAACAGUCUGAGUUUCCCGGAGCUACUGCGGCCUUUCUGCAGGCUGACCUCGGAAGGUCACCUGCGUGACCCCAAUAACCAGAUCGUGGUGGUAAAGGGGCUGAGGAUCAGUGUGACAGGAGUGAACGCUCGGCCAGCGCACCCCGCCGAGCUGCAACGACUCCUGAGCCAGGCCGUGUCAGCCUGCCAGCCUCCAGAUGGACCUGCUGCUAAUGUUAUCACCGCUGGAGACUACGACCUCAACAUCAGCGACCGCUCGGUCAAAGCUAGCGUUCCCUGGUACUCUGACUGGAGAGAAACGUUCACCCACCUCAGCUCCACCAAAUACUACACAGCAACAACACCAUGGUUUGAAGCGUACAGGGAGAGUUUUCUACAGUCCAUGCCUGCUUCGGAUCACGAGUUCCUCAAUCACUAUGUGGCCUGUAUGUUGGUGGUGUCAUCUAAUGAACCCACUCCCACUGAGCAGUUUCAGAAGCUGUCUCAGGAGCAGCACAGGAUCCAGCACAGCGGAGAGUACACCUACCCCAAAUGGUUCAUCCCCAACACCCUUAAAUACUACGUCCUGCUUCAUGACAUCAGUGAUGGAGACGAAAAAAGGGCUGACUCUAUAUAUGAGGACAUGAAGCAGAGGUACGGUACUCAGUGCUGUUACUUAUUAAAGAUCAACUCUGGAACAGGUGCUGCUGGGCCAGAUGAGCAAAUGCCAGACCCCUGGAGUCAAUACCUACAGAAGAACCACAUUUACAGCUCUGAGCAGUAUGAGGAACCUGUGGUGAAUAAUGUCGGGGAGAAUAACAUUAACUCAGAAGUGGAUGGACUUGACAGCACAGAUGCAGUCACGAAUUCCCAUCCCCUGAAACUGGACCAGACAGCUGACCCAGGUUAUCCAUGCAACUCUCGCGAAGCUGUGAACAGUGUAGACAUGGAACUAUCGAGGUCACAGAAACAGACCCCUACAACAUCCCAGGCUCACGGUGCCUGCCUGACCCUCAAUGAUCAUGACCGCAUUCGGCAGUUUAUCCAGGAGUUCACCUUCAGAGGAUUACUGCCACACAUUGAGAAAAACAUCCGGCAGCUCAAUGACCAGUUGGUGUCAAGAAAAGGGUUGAGUAGAUCUCUAUUCUCAGCUACGAAGAAGUGGUUUGGAAGCAGCAAGGUUCCGGAAAAGAGCAUUGCUGAACUGAAAAAUACCACAGGACUGCUAUACCCCCCAGAAGCCCCUGAGCUGCAAAUUAGAAAGAUGGCUGACCUGUGCUUUCUGGUUCAGCACUAUGAGCUGGCUUACAACUGCUAUCACACCGCCAAGAAGGACUUCCUUUCUGACCAGGCUAUGCUUUAUGCUGCUGGAUCACUGGAGAUGGCUGCUGUAUCUGCAUUUCUGCAGAAUGGAGCCCCUAGGCCAUACCCUGCCCACUACAUGGAGACAGCCAUCCAGACAUAUCGAGAUGCCUGCAAAAACAUGGUCCUGGCUGAGCGCUGUGCUCUGUUAAGUGCUGAGGUGCUGAAAAGUCAGGGGAAAUACUCCGAAGCUGCAGCUCUCCUCAUCAAGAUGACCAGUGAGGACUCUGAUCUGCGGAGUGCGCUCUUAUUGGAGCAGGCAGCUCACUGCUUUAUUAAUAUGCGCAGCCCCAUGGUGAGGAAAUUUGCCUUCCACAUGAUCCUGUCAGGCCAUCGUUACAGCAAAGCCGGACAGAGGAGACAUGCAUUGCGGUGUUACUGCCAGGCCAUGCAGGUAUAUAAGGGAAAGGGCUGGACUCUUGCUGAAGAUCACAUCAACUUCACCAUUGGCCGGCAAUCCUUCACUCUGCGCCAGCCCGAAAACGCUAUAUCUGCCUUCCGACACAUUCUCAUUGGUGACAGCAAGCAGUCCGCCACACAGCAGAGCGCCUUCCUCAGGGAGUACCUUUAUGUGUACGGGAGUGCGAGUCAGCCGUCCAACGAGAGCUCUCUGCCUCAACUGCCUCUGCCCUGCUUACUCUGUACCCAGACACGUGUGUUCUUUGGACAUGACCCCAGACUUGCAGAGGGGGAGAAGCAAGCAGCUACCCACGUGUGGCUGGAUCAGGAAUAUGACCGGGAGCAGUCACAGCUGUGGGUGGAGUUGGAAGAGCAAGUGGUGGCUGUGGUCAACAGGGGCAGCGUGCCCAUCAGCUUCCAGCCAACGCAGUACUGCCUCAGCAGCCACACCGAUAACCUGCGCCACCCCCUCGCCGUAGUGGAAGAGCCCGUUAUCGUGGAGGUGGUGUUCAGAAAUCCUCUAAAGGUUGCACUGGCUUUGUCAGACCUGUCUGUACUGUGGAAGUUCACACCGAAGGACUUCUCUGGGCCUCAAGGAGGCGCAGCUGGUGAAACCAUUUCUAAUGAAAAGGAGGCAACAACAAGCAAAGUUACAGCACUCAAUGACCUUAUCAGCACUGAAGUCAUUCCAGAGUUCACUAUGAGUCCUGAAGAAACCAAAGUGGCUCGGCUGAAGUUGCUUCCUCAUAAAACAGGAGAGCUGCAUGUACUCGGUGUGGUCUACAACCUGAGCACUGGUGAGGACGACAACAUCCCCGGGGAAGCAGCCAGUCGUUCGAUGUGUGUCCGUGGGAGGCAGGAUCUGGAAAUCCAGGGCCCGAGACUGAACAUGACCAAAGAGGAGAAGACCUCUGUCCGGCACGGAUCAGACCGUCGGCUUGAACCUAUCAUCACUUCUCCAAUGCCUCUGCUGGAGGUGUUUUUCAUUAACUUCCCCACCGGGUUGCUGUGCGGCGAGAUCAGAAAAGCAUGGGUGGAGUUCGUCAACGUGAGUGGCGUUCCCCUCACUGGCUUGCGGGUGGUGUCCACUCAUCCAGAGUUCUUCACGUUCGGGAGUGCAACCUCUGACCUCACACCAGUGACCCCAACUGCUGCUGAACACUGCUCCGCCUACAAGACAAUGGUCACGUCUCAGUCUGUGGCUGCAGUGACACUGGUGUCUCCUUCAUCGUUUGGCGUGACUGGGGAUGAUCGGCCCACAGUAGCUGAGAUUUCCUUAACAGGGGGAGUUCUAGGUCCGGGUGAGGCACUGCAGAUACCUCUGUGGCUCAGAGGACCUGACCGAGAGGGUGUCCACGAGAUCCACUUCCUGUUUUAUUAUGAGAGUGUGGAGAAAAACGCAAAACUCAGUCACCGGGUGCUGCGGCACACAGCCUUCAUCUGUGCAAGUCGUUCCCUGAGUGCCAGAGUGACGGCGUGUCGCAGUAACACACUGCCAGGCAAAGUCAAGAGAGAGGAAAACGAGGAGGAGCGCUGCGGAAGCAUGCUGGUGUUUGUGGACGUGGAAAACAUCAACACUAGUGAAGCCGGCGUCCGCGAGUUCCACAUAGUGCAGGUGUCCAGCAGCAGCAGACAGUGGAGGCUACACAAGUGCAUCAAUCCAGCUGGAGACAAAGACUCUAAGCUUGGCAGCAGAGAGAGGGGGAAGUUGUGCUUCAGGGCGACUAGAUGCAGAACACAGGAAGCUACCUCAGUAGAGAAGUAUACAUUUGCUGACCUAAACCUUGGCAAUGAACAGAUCGUUAGUUCUAUGACUCCAUGUGCAGACUUCUUUUUUCGGAGGGGUCCGCCCCCUGAGCCCCGGAAAGGAGGCGUAUGUCCAGGUGGAUCCACGAACAUGAGGAGGCAGAGCCUCACACCUGCCGGCUGGACGGAUGACAGCAUUACGAGUGUCAUUCGGAAAUGCAGUGAAGUGGAGCUCGACAUCAUCGUGCUUUGGAAGGCGUAUGUUGUGGAGGACAACAAGCAGCUUAUUCUAGAAGGACAACUCCAUGUUGCUUUGCAAUCCAUUGGCAAGGAGGCAUGUUCACUUGCACAGAAAGAGGAAACACAGGAGAUGGUGCUGUUAAAGUUCAAGCCUGAUCCUCCACCUCCUAUCAGCAAACCCUCCCUGGAACAGCUUUCUCAUCUCAUCAAGACCUGUCUGCACUACCCCGAGUCCUAUGACCACCCCUUUCCACAGAAAAGCUUGUGCAUGGUACCAGUUACUUUGACUCUGUCGAACUGUUCCUUGGCUCAGGUGGAUGUCAUUAUUGACCUGCGCCAGAAAACAACAAGCCCCGAGUCACUAGAGGUGCAUGGUGCGUUUACAUGGCUGGGGCAGACCCAGUACAAGCUGCAGCUACGGGCACAGGAAGUGCACCAGCUCUCGCUGAAGGCCUGCUUCUUCCAGGGAGGCGUUUAUAAUUUGGGAACUCCGCGGGUCUUCGCCAAGCUUGCAGAGUCAGGCACAAUGUGUGAAACCAGCCAGCAGAGCGCAAUGCCGGCUCUCAUCAUCAUUAACAGCGUGUGAGCCAGUCAUCGGUGCAGGUCUGCUGCUGCUCCACCUCAGCUCGGCACCAUCCAGCGACAAUUCUCUUUUAAACUGCGGCAGUUUUCUACUCCUUGUUUAAGAAGAACUCAAAAACUACAUUUGGAGGGACAACAGAAUACAGAGGUUAAACAUUAAAUGCAGUCCUGCAUCUGACAUUAUCGUAAUCUCUGGAGAGAUGAUAAAGACCAACAUAUCUAUAGGUGAUUUUGUCUUAAACACAAAAAUAUGGAUUUGAAACAUAAGAUUUUUUUUUUCCGUGUUUCCCAAGAAAAUUUCUCAUAUCAGCUUUUUUUUUAUUUUAUGAAGUCAAUUUUAUUUACCCAAAUCAACACUUAAGUCUAAACCUGUAAGAGUUUGAUUGUGCGCGUGCAUGGGUGUUGUUAAAUAAAAGGGUGUCCAGUCUUGCCUCCUGCCAGUGUUUCAGGCACAAUGCUUUAUUUCUGCAGUAACAAAGACUUUGCUCCAUGUGGAAUCUUGAAGCUGCAUAAUUAAAUAUAUAACCUGCUGCAGGACCUGUUUUCUCUGCCUAACAGACCGUGACACAUUUCAUAUUCAGUGAGCAGACUGUACAAGCUUUUAAAGCCAGUGACGUGCCAAUGGCAUCUGGAAGACCCAACAAGAAAGCUGUGGCACGUGUAGGCCUCUGCAGUACUGUCACAUCCUGUGGAAUACUGUGUGCGCGCAUGUGUGUGUAUGAAUUGGCUGGACUGGGCUGAUUUCACAGAAAAUGUCAUUUUCUUUUCUUUUCCAAUCAGUUAUUUUCACCCUAUUUCCGCCUGUCUCACCCUUAUUAAACUGUUAUUUAAUGUAUCUAUGUGAUUGCUUUUCAGAUAAAAAUGAUGUAUUAUAUUUAUAACAAACAAAUGACUGUAAAUAGAAUAAAAUGUAACCAAAU